CAGCACGCCGCGAGUUAGUUCCUCUUGGCCAUCUUCCGUAAGGCGCACACCGGGCUGGCCCGUCGGGCUUCUUUUCAGCGGUGUUCCGCUUCAACGGGCUUGAAAGCCCGGGGCCUGGAGGAGGCGUGAGAAAGUUGAGUGGGAGAGUUCAUCGCCCGAAUCGAGACGGUUUCUAAGAACGAUGGGUGCUUCCGCAGCGUACGAGGGAAGGCGGCGAGUCGGCAGGAGCGCUCCAGUGUAACGUUAUGGUCGUGCAGCCCUUUGUCUGCUGGAGCUCUCUUGUGCCGUGCGAGAGAGGUGCGUGAUGGCGGAGCGGGGUCUGCAUUAGGACAGACUGCAACAGAGAAGCGCCGGCGCCACACGCAGCCUCCCUUCCUCCGGAACGAGCGGCUGGCUGGCUGACGGACGGGCAGGAAGGACUGUACACACCGGCGACAACAGCUCACCGACGACCGGGAUCCCCUCCCCCCUCUGGUCGCCCCCUCCGCCCCUUUUUUUAUUUUCAUGUUGUCAUUAAGUCCCCUUCUCCACUUCUGCUGUAACCCUGCUAUCCCGAGGAGAUUGAUCGCGAGCCAAACAAGAGAAACCGCAUGAACCGCAUCCAUCGGGGAGUCGCCAGCAGAAAUGCAUUUAGAGGAGGAGGAGGAGGAUAAAGGGUAGCGGACGAAAGAGCAGAAAACGAAAACACACACACACAAAAAAAAGAGCGAGAGAAAAAACGUAGCCAUCUUCAGCGCCUGCUUCAUCGCACUGGCAAAUUUUAUUUCUGCAAAACAAUAGAGGUUUUCUUCUACGAGGAGGAUGUCAGAUUAUGCUUUGUGCUCUUGAAUCUUGGAUUUGGAUUAUACGGAAGAAGGCAGAGUUGUAUGAAUGAACAACGAAGGGAACCAAAAACCCAAUGAGGCAGGCCCUCAGUGCUCUGCGGGUUCCAUGUCCUCAUUAAUGGCGGUCAAGUCUGAAAUCGGUGAGGACUAUAACUUUCCAGAAGCUUCCUGGCAAGUGGAUACCAAAGACAAAGAAAAUAAUAGCAAAAAUAGUAGUGGGGACCUACCUGCAGAGAUAUGUGUUGUAAUUGGCGGGUCUAGGAACUCACAAACAAUUGGGUCUUAUGUUUGUGGAAUCUGUGGGAAGAAGUACAAAUACUAUAACUGCUUUCAGACUCAUGUCCGAGCACACACAGAAACGGAACCUGGAGCAGGGGAAGGUGGUUCCCAGGGAGUAAAUAAUAAUUUUAGGUAUGCCUGUGACAUCUGUGGGAAGAAAUAUAAAUACUACAGUUGUUUCCAGGAGCACAGAGAUCUACAUGCUGUGGAUGAUCCAUAUGAUCAGGCUGUUAUUCGAUUUGAUGAUCCUAAAGAAGAGCCAGUGGAACCUUUCCAAAAAAUAGGACCAAAAUCUGGAAAUUAUGUGUGUGAAUUCUGUGGCAAACAAUACAAGUACUUUAAUCCAUACCAGGAACAUGUUGCAUUACAUGCACCUCCAAAUAAAGCAGGUUGGUCUGCUGAGAAGCAAGCAUCAUUUUCAAAGUUGCGUCUUAUUGGCAACAACAAACAUGGAGCACCAAAAACCGAAUACAACCGAAUAGACACAGCUUUUUGCCGGAAAGUUGAAAACAAAAUUCCAAAUAGUGUGGAAGAAUCCAAUAGCUCCCGAAAUUCAAAUGAACCAUAUACAUGUGGUGCAUGUGGCAUUCAGUUCCAGUUCUACAACAAUCUUUUAGAACACAUGCAGUCCCAUGCAGCGGAUAAUGAAAACACUGUUGGAAAGCAGCGGAAAGCCUCCCCUGUGUCAGCACCUACACCAUCUCCAGCGUCUGCCCCAGUUCCUGCGUCAGCCCCAUCUCCAGCCCAAACACAGUCACCAGCUCUGUCUCUGCCCUCAGCUUCUAAUGAAAAGCAAUGGAAAUUCACACUCCAAAGAAAUCAUACCACCAACUCCAACAGUUCUUUACCAGAGAAGGAACGACAGCAGAUUGCAGAGAGACUUGUAAAAGUAAUGUAUUCAGAUUUAGGAGCCAUAAGCAUCCUUAAUGGAAAGGAUUUCAUGAAACUGGCACAAACAUUGAUUGAUAGUGGAGCACGUUAUGGUGCUUUCUCUGUUAGAGAUGUGUUGGGAGACAUGAACAUGCUAGCAUUGAAGCAUUUACCUCGAAUGUACAACCAGGUCAAAGUAAAAGUGACCUGUGCUUUGGGAAGCAACACUUGCCUGGGUAUUGGCGUCACAUGUCACUCUCAGAAUGUUGGUUCCGACUCCUGCUAUGUGCUGACUGCAUACCAGGCAGAGGGAACUCAAAUGAAGCGCUAUGUGUUAGGCAUCAAAGACGUGGAUGUUAAAGAAGGCAGCGAUCAGGUCCAUCACUGGGUACAGAACGUGCUGUCUGAAUUUGUGAUGUCUGAGAUCCGUACAAUCUAUGUGACAGACUGCAAAGUGAGCUCAACAGCAUUUUCCAAAGCCGGGAUGUGUUUGCGUUGCUCAGCUUGUGCCUUGAACUUGGUAGUGCAAAGUGUGCUGAACAGGAGAACUCUACAAGCCCGCAACAUGCAUGAGGUGAUUGAACUUUUAAAUGUAUGUGAGGAGAUGGCAGGGUCUGCUGGAUUUACAAGGGAGACGUUUGGCUAUUUAGAAGAGACACCACCACCACCUUGCUGGGAUUCAGUCACAGAUUCCCUGCUGCUGGUUAAUGAGCGCUAUGAGCAGAUUUGUGAAUUUUACAGUCGAGCAAAGAAGAUGAGCCACAUUCAAAACCUCAACAAACACCUGUUAAAUAACAUGGCAGCUAUCUUGGCCCCAGUUAAGCAAGCAGUGGUAGAGCUCAGUUGUGAGCAGAAGGCUACGCUUCAGUUAGUGCUGCCCAUGUAUGUCCGUUUGGAGAAGCUUUUUACAGCCAAAGCAAAUGAUAUCACUGUUGUAAGUAAACUUUGUCAUUUCUUUCUGGAAGCGUUGAAGGAAAAUUUAAAAGUGGAACGUGCUCACAAAGUGGCAAUGAUCUUGGACCCGCAGCAGAAAUUGAGACCAGUCCCACCUUAUCAGCAUGAGGAAAUUAUCAGCAAAGUGUGUGAGAUGAUUGCAGAAAUUCGAGAAAUAUCAGGAGAGGACAGUGAGGUGGAGCCUUCACCAAAGAAGGCAAGGGGAGUGAGCAAUAAUGGUAAAGCUCAGGGCAAUGAUGAACAGCAAGUGAAAAAUGAAGUGUAUGAAUAUUUGGCAGAACCUCUUUUCCAAGCAACUCCAGAUUUGUUUCACUACUGGUCUUCUGUCACUCAGAAAUAUCCACGAUUAGCCAAACUGGCGUUUUGGCUUUUGUCUGUGCCAGCAGUUGGUGCAAGAAGCGAAUCAGUGAGUAUGUGUGAGCAGGCACUUUCAAUGAAGAAAAAGAGACAAGUGACGCCAGAAGAAAUGAAUAAACUUAUAUUUCUGAAGUCAAACAUGCCUUGAGAAAAGGGAGCGGGCAAAACAAGAUGAAAAUAAGAAACUGGUCAAAUGUUUAGAGGAGGUGCUAAAUUUGUAUGCACAUGCCAAGGAAAGACACUCCCAAAAGCAAGUUAUACAUUUUUACCUACAUACGUUGUUGAAGCAAACUUGGUUCGAGUUAGAAGCACGUUUCAACACACAUGAAAGGGUGGGGAGGUUAGCGUUAUGCGGGCACAGUUUGGUAUUGUUAACGGGAAACAUGUCAUUAGAGUUGACUGUCCUGUCAAAUUGAUUCCAGACUCCUGUUUUUUCUUAAGUGUUUGAAACCAGACUUCUGUUCUGCUUUUGCCCUGUUGAGUGCUUUGUCCGUUUUCUUUUGCUCUAACAACUCAUGACGUUGCACUGGUUUUGUUGGUCUCAAAGAAAAAACUUAAACCAGAGCAAUGUUUUCAUAAAGCUGCUACUGGUGGCGCUAUUGAUCUGAAUAUUGGGAAGCCGUAUUAUUUAAUAAUGAAUGAGGAAUACAAGUGAUUUUAGGAGGAAUUCAAGUGAGCUUAAUUUGAAAAUGGAGUGAUACAUGACAAGGGGAAGCCACGUACUUACUGUUGUGACAUUUCCUACCUCAGGUAGCCUCGUUCACUGCUACGUCUUCUAGCAGUACUGUAUCCUUUCAGGCUUCUCUUCUCCUUUUACUCCCGCUCCCCCACAUACUUGUCACUUUAACCGGUCUUGUACAUUUAUGCCAAUUGUAUAAAAUAACAGUACCACCCCUGCUCCCUCCUUUUCUGUUUCAAUAUUUAAAAAAAAAAAAAAAAAACUUUCAAAAUUACUUAAGCGUAAAAAAGUAUUGCUGUGCUUUUCCAUACCCUCACAUCUGAGAAUGACUCAUUCCGAGAUGGUGCAAUCUUGAGACAAGCCAAAAAAAAGUAUGUUCUUUUUAUGUUCCAUUUUUGUACUCUUUGGACUUAUCAAAAUCAAAGAUUCAGCUAUUAGUGUGAUUUCAUGUUUUAUCGUCUAUUAGGCUUUUUCCUUCUUAUCUGUUUUUUUUUUCCCCUGAACUACAGUUUUAAGGUUGUUUCUAUUAAAAUGUAAGUAGCAGGUUUUCAUUGUUGGGUUGUACUCUACUUCUUUACUAAUAAGUCUUCUGAAGGAUGAGCAUGUUACUAACACAAUAUGGUCUUGUCAUAUUUUUGGGUUUGGUUGUUUAGGUUUUAUUUUUCUACAUUUCUCAGUAGUAAAUUUUGGCAGUUAUUUUUGUUUUUCCGCAUAACAAGAGUUUUGUUUCAGUUUCUACAAAGAACCACAAGUGCGUUGGAAGAUAUUGAACGUCAGACUUGAUUGAGCUAAGUACAUUUAAGCAAUUUAUUCUUAGUUUCAAAGCGUAGUAUGAUUUUCCCCAGAACCCCAACACCCCAACUUCUACUUUUUAUGCUUUUGGAACCAUUCGUUGGCAGCUGUAAUUGGUGAGCUUGGUCAUCUUCAGGCAAAGCCAGCGGAGGAUGAAAUUAAAAAUCAUUGAUCAAGCUUCUGACCAUACAGAAUUAGACGAGUUAAGCAGCCGAGACGUCUUCAAAAUGCUAAUGAUGGAACUGAUGUAAUGUCACCUGACGGAAUAGUUGUAUUAGUGUACAAUGAAAGCCGAUCGAUUAAUGUGUAAAAAAUCCGAGUUAAGAAAAUGUGGAGUUGAUUGAUAUUUGUAAUGAUACAUUCUGAUGUGUCAUUUAUUUUAUUAGGUUCUAAAGUUUAGAAAUUGGGGAUAAUUUUUUCUUGCUAGUUAGUGUCUAUAUUUGGUACGGUAAAAAUAAAAAGAUUAUUGUGAGCUGUUACAGAAACGAUCUCACUAGUCAUACAUUUCAAAUUAAUCACUGUUUGAAAAAUAUCUUUACUUUGUGGCUUACUGUUAAAUCUCCAACUCUAGAAAAAUUGUUACUCUUUAAAAAAAGUUUUCAAAAAAAUAUAAAAAUGUUAUACUCUGGAUUCUGGAAAACUUUCCAGAGGCCUUAAUCAAAGAAAAUUAUCCUUGGUGUUCCAUAAGUGGGUUUCCUUGUUAUUCUGUAUUAAUCCACUGGAAAUUGCGCCUCCCCUUGAAUGUAAAGGAGGACAUGAAAUACUUUCAUUGUAUCUUUUUAUACAACUAUUGCACCAUCAAAUGUUACACAUCCAUUCUCCAUAAGUAAAGAGGUUUCAGAAAAUAAUGAACUUUUCUUUGAAUAGGUUAAGUCCACAAUUUGGCAGCUCUUGGGAGUUAAUUCAGUGUGAUUCUCUUUUGAGUGUUCAUUUGAGAUCAGCAUGGUACUAAAUUGUGAUAUGCCUAGAGUGGGCACAUUUUUUGUGUAAGGUCACCCCCUCAUUUUUUGACCAGUGAUCUUUAAAUGUAAAUUUUAUCAAAACUGCUUUACAUUCAAGAGUUGGUGUGGAGGAAGAUCUAUUUAGCUGUGUUGGGGAAAUAAAAGCACAGUAUUCUUUGGUGGUCCUCCCAUGACGGUUGAUAGUGUAUAUUCAACACUCUACAUGAAGAAAAGUUAGGGAGAAAUGAUAGCUGAUAUUGUAUUUUUUGUAUAAUCUUACUGAUUCGUUUUUUGUUCCACCUCAGCACAGGGCUUAGUUUAGUAUUUAUUAUGCUGGCAUGCUGAUACAUAUUUUUCUUUUUACAGAAUUUGGAAUAAACAAUGUUUAAUUUUCCAGGGGUUUUCUUGUCCAGCUGUCUUCAGAUUUUAUUUAUUUAUUUAUUUUAUUAACACUGUAUUCUAGGGGAAUUGUGUAUUUUAAAGACGAUUGAUCAGUUUAGGGUCCAUAUAAAGUAACAGUGACCAAAUGAGAGGAUAUGGAUCCUUUCUGAAUGCCUUAUUUGGCAUAAAUAGGAGAAGCUGUUAUUGCGUUAUUUUAAUACUGUUUCUAUUGCAGUCUUCCUCAGUUUUCUGAUUACUCCAAAAAGAUUCUUAUGACAACCAUAAUAAUAAAUAAUAUAAGGGAAAGGGUUGAAUUUUUUUUUUUUUUUUUUUAAUCCAGAAUCUAUAGGCCAGUUUUAAAGCACCUCUGAGUCAACACUGGUAAAACAUCAUUAUAUAUUUUUUUUUGUAAACAUUAAUAUAUUAUUUUUUACUUACUGUAUAAAGAUUUUAAAAUUUCAGAAGAAUACAUAUAGUACAUUUUUAUUAUCACGGUUGUCAAGGCUAAUUAAAUUAAAAGGCAAGUGUACACCUUAAUUUAUUUAAACAUAUUUAACAAGCUAAACAUGUUUAUAGGCACCUUUUCUGGUAACAUUUUAUUUCUGCUAAGUAUAAUCGAAGAGCAAAUUUUCAAAACUCCAUUUUGGGCAUGUCCACAAAUGUAUGUUCUUGGAAUAUAUUACAAUUAAUGCAAAACAGGACCAAAACUUCAACUAUACUGUAUGGAGAAGAUAUUUUAAGAGAAUUUCCUUACCUCACAUGGUCCAUUUUGGAGAUCAGAAAAUGAAAUGUACAGAGCAAGACCCAAAACCUGCAUGUGAACACUGUGCUUGAGAAUGUAUGUAAAUUCUGUUCUAUAAUUGUUAAAAAAUUGUGUUAUCAUAUUUAAAUUGCUAAUUUCCAAAACAUACUAAAAAAUGUAUUUUUUGAAAAGUGUGCCUGAGCUUUAGAAAUUUGCUCUUCUUCUGUCAUUGUCCCUUUACUGGCUUUUAAACCUCUGCUGCUUUUUAUUUAUUGUCUUCUGCUUUCAGAUGUGCAUGUUCCCUGAAAAGAUUUUGCAGAGAAAUCAAAAAAGUGAAUGUAUGGAUUAGAAAUUCAGGUAGUCAGUAAAGAAAUUAUUGGGGAAAAAAAAUAGCACUAUGUUGUUUAAAAACUGCAGCUCAAGACCAGGGUGCUUGCUUGAAUUCAAGGCAGCAUUUUAAGACCUGGACCAAAUGAAAAGCCUCCUAGUUCUUUGUGUCAGAACGGUUUAAUUUAUAAACAUUAAGAUUUAGUUCAUGCAGAUGAUGCACAGCUAUGAGAAACGAAGCAGUUGCACUGUCAAGACAUUUGCAGAAUAAGAACAAAAAGCAAGAGUAGUUCAGGGGAAGCAGGUGACAGUCUUAAGACUAACCAUUGCAUUCAUUUGCAUUCUUACGCCAGCUGUUGCAGAGCUCCAACAUGAGGCAAAUCAGUUCACUCAGAAUCAUUUGGUCUCUGAUAAAGGCAAUUUCAGUUAAGAUGGCAAUUUGUUUGAGUGGAAGGCACAAUAUUGUGACCAGACUUGAAUUGCUGCCCAGGAUUCAGUAGAACCCUCGUCAUGACAAAAGAUUGAAAAGCGAGAUUACAUUUAUUUCUGGGUACAAAUGCAGCACCAUUUGCAGUGGCACCGUGAAUUGCACCACUGCCCAGUCUUGACACUGAAAUGUCAAGACUGAAAUUUGUUCAAAAGACUGGGCAGGUUUUUUUUUUGUUUUUUUUUUUCUUUUUAUAUAAAGUUAAAUGAUGGUCAAAGCCGAGGGUAUAAAAUUAAGUAAAACAUCUUCAUGUUUCUGGGCUUGAUACUCCAUGUAGCUGGUGUGAACAGUGAAAUGGAUAGUUCUGUUUGUUUGGUUUUUUUUUUUUCCUCCUGCCAUUGCCAAGUUAAAGACGAGUUAUUAUAUCAUGAAACUUAGAGCAGCUUGCUUGUUUUUAUUAUUAUAUAAAUGUUGAUACUUGUAGGUAUGGAAGACAUGACUACUAAAAGUGAAAAUGGCCCAGGUUUUAAUAAAUGCAUUUUUCACUAAUUCGAAAGUGACCCAUGUGGGACAGUUGAACCUUCCUCACCCAUCCCAUUAUCAUAUCAAUGUGAAAUUAGCAAGUACCAUGUAUGGGUUUGAACUAGAACCUCUGCGUUCUUAUAGCAGUAAAGUGUGCCAAAGAGGUAACAGUUGUAAAACAAUGGCCUACCAGGUAUUCACCAGAGUGUAUAAUCUGUAGACUUUGAUUUCAUUAAAAAAAGAAAAAAAAAAACAGUGAUGGUUGUACACAAAUUCAUCUUUGCUUACUGUACAAUAUGUUGUCUGUUUUUAGGGAAGGGGGCACAAUCAAUAAAAAAAACCCUGCAGUGCUACUAAGUCUGUUACACUUGCUUUAUUAGACUUGGUUGUUCCAUUCACGUUUAUUUUUUGUGAGGGGGCAGCUCCUGUAAGGAACACAAUGAAAUCCAGCCAAACCAUGAAGUGGGUGAAGUUGGGAGGAAGAAAUCUUGAUGCUUUUACUGCUUUGUAGAAAAGCUUAUUUAAGAUAGCUUGAUAAACCAAAUAGGCUAUUUUCUUUUCCAGUUUCAAAAACUAAUGUACAGUAUGUAAGAUUUGUGUGAACCAGAUCUCCACCACUUUAAUGCCAUCAAAGAUAUUGUGGACUUUAUCUAUACUUAUUUGUUUAGAAUAAGAACACUGGUUUGCAUUUGUUCUGUUUGUUUUUAUCAUUAUUUUAUUAUUUUUUUCCCUGUCAUGUUUUAGAUAUACAGUAGGCAAUACAAAAUUAGAUCUGAUGAACUUCUGUGUGAUCAUCUAGAAACAAAUGAAACACUUUUUAGGGCAGUGUUUUCUACAGGUCUCGACAGAUAUUUUUCUUAUUCCUUUUAAGUUUUCUGUAUUUAAUAUUUCUUAACUAGUAGUUUUAAUUUAUACUUUUGUAGCAACACAAUAUUUUUAUAAAUUGCCAAUGAUAGCAUUAAAUCCAUGUUUCUGAUUGUUCUGGAACUCACAGCGCUGUAUUAUGUAUUGAAUGAAUAUUAUCUAACGUAGUUUGUGCUGUGUUAAUAAACUAGAUGAGAACAGUUGA